AUGAGCUUCUACGAAGCCGGCGCAGCAUGGCAUGCUGGCGAAGAAGAGAUGCACAAGCUUCUACGAGUCCCAGCUCAAGACAAUCCCACACAGCCAUACCUCACACCGCAAGCCUCGAAUACCCUCAUCCGGUCCCCGUUGAUAGCACUGGGAACUCUCGAUGAAGAAGGCAGACCAUGGACGACACUAUGGGGUGGAGAGGCAGGAUUCUCCAGGGCCAUUGCACAAGGGAUCAUUGGGGUCAGGACAACAGUUGAUAGAGAGUAUGACCCUGUUUUGAAGGUGCUGCUUGGAGACCAGGCCGAUGGCGAGGUAGUACAGGUACAAGGGACAGGCAAAAUGGUCAGCGGAUUGACGAUAAAUUUGGAGACCAGGAAGAGAGUCAAGCUUUACGGAAGGAUGGUUGCAGGGGCUCUUGCAGCCACUGAAGAGGGCGUUGGAGAGGUACAAUUGGUUGUCAAGAUUGAACAGAGUCUAGGAAAUUGCCCGAAAUACCUGAACAAGAAGCAAAUCGUUCCCCAUAUUCCACAACCCAAACUUGUUUCUAAAAAUCUACUACUACCCGAGGCAGCCGUGAAUCUGCUUUCCAAAGCCGACCUUUUCUUCAUAUCCUCCUCAAACCAUGAAUCGGAUAUGGACUGUAAUCACAGAGGAGGUCCGCCAGGGUUUGUCAGAAUUCUCUCGAAUACAGAAGAAGAAGUGACGCUGGUCUAUCCUGAGUACUCCGGAAAUCGUUUGUAUCAAACCCUUGGAAAUCUCAGGACAACCCCACGCGCUGGCCUGGUGGUUCCAGACUUUGAGACUGGAAAUGUCCUCUAUGUCACUGGAACCACGGAAAUACUUAUUGGGAAGGAUGCCACGGACCUCAUAUCUCAUACCAAUCUUGCUGUGAAGAUCAAAGUCGAAGCAACAAGGUUCGUCUCUGAUGGGCUCGCUUUCAGGGGCCAUGACGGAGAACUUUCUCCUUAUAAUCCUCCGGUGCGAUAUUUGUCGACAGAAACUUCUCAUGGUAUUGGCGGAUUGGAAAAGCAGGUACUCGCUAAGCUCAUCGACAAGAAAAUGCUUACCCCAACCAUUGCAAGGUUCCGCUUCCAGAUUGCCGACCCAGGUCAGACGAGCAAAUGGAAACCUGGGCAAUACGUUGCUCUGAGUUUUGCGGAUGAGUUGGACAUUGGAUAUAGUCACAUGAGAGAUGAUGAUCCGAAAAGUCUCAACGAUGACUUUCUCCGCACGUUCACCGUAUCUUCGCGCCAGGAUGCGCUCGAUGAGUGUGACCAAUUUGAGAUCACAAUUCGGAAGGUUGGUGUCGUUACAGACCUUCUCUUCAGGCACAAUAUCAGAUCGGAACUGGAAGUCCCACUACAGGGAUUCGGCGGCGAAUUCAUAGUCGAGCAGAGCGGAUCAGAGAAUGUAGCAUUUGUAGCGGCCGGGGUUGGAAUCACGCCUCUACUAGCUCAGGCUCAAGAUCUGGAUCUGGAACGACUACACUUAUUCUGGACAAAUAGAGCAGAUGAUGUCCCAUUAGUCAUUGAAACAUUCGAUCGAAUCCCUGGACUUGCUCAAGCAUCUACUAUUUUCAUGACUGGGAGCAUCAAUGCCGACUCCGAGGAUUGGAAGAAGCUUGUGGCUUCGGGAGCGAAGCUUGAGAACAGGAGAAUAACGAUAGAAGAUGUAGGUGCUUAUUCGGCGGCUAAAUGGUAUUUAUGCACUGGGCCUGGAUUCCGAGCUACUUUGUUGAAGUGGCUGGAAGGAAAGACAGUAUUUUUCGAGGACUUUAAUUACUAA